AAGAAGCAAGCAACUGCUUAUUUUACUAACAAUUCACGGCCUCAGAAAAUGGGAAUGGAUCGCUUGGAAGAAUACAGUAAAAUGGAGAUGGAGUGUGAACCAAAGAAAUCAUUUCAGAGAGGUCUUCUAAACAGGAGACAAACUGGCAUCUUUGUGCUUAUGGGAACAGUCUGCAUGAUUAUUUUCAUGGUUUUGACUUCUGUCAUCUAUUCCCAUCAGGAACGAAAGUUCUCAAUGCUGGAGAGCUGGAUGAAAAGCCAUACUUCUGAUCUAACCUCAGUCAAAUCUGAAUUUCAGUACACAGGAGGUGAUCUAGAAAAGAAGGUUUCUGAGCUGCAGAACUUAGUGUUCAGCAUGAGUUCAUAUUUGAACACGUCUGGAUCAAGUAACCCAGAGACCAGAGAAAUGCAAAUAAAGAAGCUGUCUAAUAUUGAGACCCUGAUGAGCGAUCUCGGCUCGUCACUGAGUUCACUCGCAUCCAAACAAGAAGAAAAACUACAAAAGCUGGAGCGUCAGCAGGAUACGUCACACACUGAAGUCAAGAGUCUGAUGGACGCUUUGAGUAAACUAACAGAGGACAAUCUGAGGACAUCUUUUGUUUCUCUACAUUAUUUUCCACAAACAUCAAGGACCUUGAUGGGCAUGUCAAGCUCACUGUCGGACCUGAAACAUUCAAUGGAGUUACUGAGAUCAUCUCUUCAAACUCUUUCUUAUAAACUAUCAUUUACACACUUACUUACAUCUGGCUGUACUGAACCUGACUGGAUACCGUUCAGAAACAGCUGUUACCUGUUCUCCCAGGAUGUAAUGAACUGGACCAAAGCAAAGGAUUACUGUGAAGAGAAGGGCGGGUUUCUCCUAAAAAUAGACGAUGGCUCUGAGAAGGAGUGGCAAUUUGUUAGCAAUUUCGCCAAACCACAUGACUACUGGAUUGGUCUAACGGACCAGAUCACAGGCCAAUGGAGAUGGACGGAUGACACUCCUUACAUCAUAAAUAAAGAACACUGGAGUCCCGGGCAGCCGGAUGAUUGGACCGAACACGGCCUGGGGGAAGGAGGAGAGGACUGUGGGCAGAUUGCAUAUAAUGGGAUGCUAAAUGAUGCCCACUGCUCUACCAAAAUGAAGUAUAUAUGUGAAAUGCAAAACUGAAUGCACACAAUUCUGAACAUUGUAAAUAGGCUUUGUUUCGACUGAGUUUUCUUGUAUGUGAAUUGUGUAAAUUACAAAUCACAUUAAUGAUGUGUUUAUCAGUGUUGCGGUGUAGUUACUAAUACGACUAAACUUAUAUCUCAUUCUACCGAAUUAGCCUUUCUUGUUUAAACAGUAAACCAGCAUUAAACAAAUUUCCCACUGAUAAACUAAUAAAAUAACUUAUCUUUCCUGAAUAUUGAUUAAACAAAUUAUUACUUUAAAAUACUCAAUACUCAGGUUAAACUGUGUUGUUCAGAAUUAUUACAAACUAAUCACAACAACCAGAUUGUAAUUAAUCUAUAAAACCCAAACUGUCACUAAACUGUUUUUGAAUAAAAAAAAAAAGUGUUUGUG